AAUUUUGAAGAGAGAGUGAGAAGAAGAAGAAGAGCGUGAAAGCAGAAAUGAGUCCGCCAAUGGAAGCCGCGAAUACAGCUGCAAAAGCUGCUUACAGAAGCCUUCUCAGAGCGGUGAGGAAACACGUCGGCGAAGAAGGCCACAAAUCUCAUUUCACGGAUUUCAUCAAACACGAAUUCCGAAAAAAUGCCAGCUCCCAAAAUCCCCAAAAUUUGAAGCUCGCGCAGGAUUACACCAUAUAUCUCAACAGCGUCCACCAUCAGAAGGAAUUGCUCUUCUCGUACAAUAUCGCAGUGGAUAGAUCUGCUGAGAUGAAAAAAGUACUGGGAAAAUCUGCUUCAAGUGUAGGUCUUCAGCUGCCCGAAGUUUAUCAGGCUUGAUAGACGUUGAACCGGUGAGCAAGGAAACCCCGUUGAGGGGCGAAUCUGUCAGCCGUUAUUGAGACCAACGAGUCGGUUGGAAAGUGGUUCGUGGAACCUAUGUUUGAUCUCUCGAGACAUUGUGAACUAUUUAAACCUCCUUUAGAAAUAAAGAAUUUUUUUUUA